CUACCGUCUCUGGCAGCACAAGGUAAAAUGAACAAGAUGAAAAACUUCAAGCGGAGGUUUUCUCUCUCUGUUCCUCGGACGGAGACCAUCGAGGAGUCGCUGACGGAGUUCACCGAGCAGUUCAACCAGCUCAACAACCGCCGGAAUGAAGACCUCGCUCAAGGGCACCUGCAGCUGGGACACCUGGGCAGGGAUUUCCAGGCAGGGACGUCGCCGAUCUCGCCCUCGGAGGCGGAAGGGCAGUCCCCGGUGGCCGUGCGCUACCGAAACAGCAACAACCAGCGCCGCUUCUCCAUGGAGGAUGUCAACAAGCGCCUCUCACUGCCCAUGGACAUCCGCCUGCCCCCGGAGUUCCUCCAAAAGCUGCAGAUGGACAGUCCGGAGUUCCCCAAGCCCCUCAGCAGGAUGUCCCGACGGGCUUCCCUGUCAGAUAUCGGGUUUGGGAAGCUGGAAACCUAUGUUAAACUGGACAAACUGGGAGAGGGCACUUAUGCCACCGUCUUCAAGGGGCGCAGCAAGCUGACAGAAAAUCUCGUGGCACUGAAGGAGAUUCGCCUGGAGCACGAGGAAGGGGCACCUUGCACAGCUAUACGGGAAGUGUCCCUGCUGAAGAACCUGAAGCACGCCAACAUCGUGACCUUGCACGACAUCAUCCACACGGAGCGCUCCCUCACGCUCGUCUUCGAGUACCUGGAUAACGACCUCAAACAGUACUUGGAUAACUGUGGGAGCUUCAUGAGCGUGCACAAUGUGAAGAUCUUCAUGUUUCAGCUGCUGCGUGGCCUGGCUUACUGUCAUGGAAGAAAAAUCCUGCACCGAGACCUCAAACCCCAGAACCUGCUCAUCAAUGAGAGAGGAGAGCUCAAGCUGGCUGACUUUGGACUAGCCAGAGCCAAGUCAGUCCCUACAAAAACAUAUUCCAAUGAGGUGGUCACGCUGUGGUACCGGCCCCCAGACGUCCUGCUAGGAUCCACUGAAUAUUCCACACCUAUUGAUAUGUGGGGAGUGGGCUGCAUCCACUACGAGAUGGUCACCGGCCGGCCCAUGUUCCCCGGCUCCACGGUGAAGGAAGAGCUGCAUUUAAUCUUCAGGCUGCUGGGAACCCCAACAGAAGACACCUGGCCUGGAAUAACAUCCAACGAGGAGUUUAAGGCUUACAAUUUCACACAGUACCGAGCCCAGCCAUUAAUAAAUCACGCCCCAAGGCUGGACUCGGAAGGCAUCGACUUGCUCAUGAACCUCCUCCUGUAUGAAGCCAAAAGCCGGAUCUCAGCGGAGGCAGCUCUGCGGCACGCGUACUUCAAGAGCCUGGGGGAACGGGUGCAGCUCCUCCCCGACAAUGUCUCCAUCUUCUCCCUGAAGGAGAUCCAGCUUCAAAAGGACCCCGGCUACCGAGGCUCAGUCUUUCAGCAGUCAGCCCGAGGGAAGAACAGGAGGCAGAGUAUAUUUUAAACCUGGAUCUCGUGUUCCCGUUGUCGCCAUGGAGAUCAAAGCACUGAGAAAGGAGACAGCAACCCGCUCCCACCUGACCCAUGGAAGAAUUAUUGCCUCGAGCAGGACGAUGCUGAAGCACCCGUGGCCGCAGGCUCUCCCCUGCCCGUCCCAACCCUCUCCCACCA